AAUUUCCCCACCGGGUUUGAAACGAUGAAUGGGAACCUGGGAAGUUUUGGGUUCAAGUGUUCACACCAGACGACUAGCCGGCAGUUAAACCUGGUUCCUGUGCACUUCACGCACACACUCACAUAAGCUAGUUGCAACAUGGGAGUUGAGGAGCUCUUCUCAGACAUGCGGGGUGAAUUCCAGCCUGCUCCUUUGGGUGCAGGUGACAUGGAGGCUGUGGAGGCUCUGGUGUCCAUGACUAAGCACUGGAAAACCCACAGCUUCAAGCUCAGACACUCCAGACCCUUGACUCCAUCUUCAGACUGCUCAGAGGAUGACUCUGUCCCCAUUGGGACUACUGUGCUACAGGACUCUCCUUUGUGUAUGACACCGCCAUACAGUCCACCCCACUUGGAAGCCACCCAUCCACCUGUACAUCAGCCUGCAGCAGCUGGAAGUCCGAGCAGGCAGCCAACAGAAGAGGCAUGUCUGCACACACACACUGCUGCUUCACAGCAACGCUUCCUGUGCACCAGCGUAAUCCGCCACACGUCAGAUGGCCAGCGCAGCUCCUGUGACGUCCACCCUGUCUCCAGGGAAGACAGAUUCACUCAGGUUCAUACAAAAGACUCUAAAACAGAUUUGAGCUCUGAAGACGGACUAAAUGGUCGACAUUCUGAGAGGAAUAUCGUAAUACGGUGUGACUCUAAUGCAGCAACAGCACUGCAACCUGUCAGUGUGACUUUGCCAAAUGUGGUUGAAACCAGCCAGAUCCAGCUGAGUCCUGGCCUGGAUGAUAAAUCAAACACACCUCAGGCUGUAUCCUCUCUCCCGGCUGGUGGCCCUGGGGUUUCUCCAAUUUCUGUCUUCUGCCAGAUUCUUCCUGUCUCUUCUCCUUCCACCACUGUUGUGCAAAAUCCUGUCACAGCCUCUGAAAGCCAGGGGCAACAACGACUACCUAUCUCCUCAGCACUCACCGCUGUGCACACACAGCUACAACAGCAGCAACAGGCACUACCACAAACACAAACCCAAGCAGCUUCUCCUGCCCAGGUCUUCCUCUUUGGGGGUCAGGUGGCAAAAGGCCCUGUGAUGUUCCUUGUCCCUCAGCCAGCUGUUCCCACGGUUUACAUCCAGCCAGCACUAGUGACCCCUAGUGGCACCAAACUACCAGCCAUCGCCCCUGCGCCUGGCCCCACGUUGUUGGAGCAAAGACAGAGUCCACUGCAGCCAGAGGUGUCCCGCACACGUAGUCAUGUUUGUCCCCACGAGGACUGCAACAAGACCUACUUCAAGAGCUCCCACCUCAAGGCCCACAUGAGGACACAUACAGGCGAGAAACCCUUCAAAUGCAAGUGGGAUGGCUGUGAGAGGCGAUUUGCUCGCUCCGAUGAGCUGUCUCGCCACCGUCGCACCCACACGGGAGAGAAAAAGUUUGCCUGUCCCAUGUGCCUCAGCCGCUUCAUGCGUAGCGACCACCUGGCCAAGCACGCCCGGCGACACCUAGCAGCGAGGAAGGCGCCCUGCUGGACUGUAGGAGUCACCCAGGUCUGCUGACAUCUCUGCUUCCAGAACACUCACCAAAAGCAUCUUGAUGAGAGAGAGUAAAAACUGUGAAAUUGAAUAAGAGGCUUCGUGCAGCCAAGUCACAAACAAUGCACAGAGGAGUGUGUGUGCCUGAUUUACACCCACCUGCACAACACUGCUGAACUGACAAUGAUGUAAAGUCUUCACUGCUUUGCUGUUCCAUUAUAAUUGAAUAUUGUACGGUAAUGAGAGUCAGCGUUGGACUUCAGACUACUGCACCGCCUUAAACUGAGCAAUUACACUGAAUAUAUCUGCAGGUACUAUUCUGUCAACCACUUUUACUUUUACAAAUGCAUUCUAAAUGUUUACUUUUCAGAGGUAUUUGACCAAAACAUGUUGAAUAUUGUUCUUUUGUGCCAUAUAUAAGGAUCUAUUUGUUAAAAAAACUAUUUUUGCACAAUGCUGCUUUCUUGCAGGGAAAAUAAAUUCUUUAUUAAACGUGA